GACUACAAAGACGGCGGUAUAGUGACAAACCGCUUUAUCAAUUCGUCCUUCGAAGUUUUUCGAGGAAGCCGUGUGUGGAUUGGAUCAGAUGGAGAACGGGACUGCAAUAUGAACAUCCAGUAUUAUAACUUACAGUCUAACACGUUCGAGGAUUUUCUACAAUACAUCCAACACAAAAACAACGACCCGAAUAGUGCUGAGUUCGCCGCGAUCAACAGUAUUCAGUGGCCCAGCUCGGACGGCCAACUUCCACCGGAUGAACCGGUCUGUGGAUACCGCGGUGAUAAGUGUGUUAAUCGAAUAUCUACCGGAGUGCUGGCAGUGUCCAUUGCUGUUCCUGUCAUUCUACUUGUCGCCAUCGCUAUCGGCAGUGGGAUAUCGUACUUUCGAUUGCGACAUCUAAAAGACCAAUAUGAUCCGCUAUGGUGGAAAAUAUCCGAAGACGACGUUAUUUUUUCCAUGAAUGCAACUAGUGAUGCCAAAGUGCAGGCGGACCACUCCACCCACAAUAUUUCCCAAAUAAGCAAACAAGGAACCACUGUUCCUAUCGUCCGUGGAUUAGUCGGCACACUGGAUGGUAAACCGAUGACCUUGAAGGAUGUUUCAGAAGUUCCUAAAUUUCCCAAAUCAGAACUAAUCGAGGAGCUUAAUCUGAUUAAGACAGUCGAUCACACCAAUCUCCACCAUUUCAUUGGAAUCAUCGUCCGCAACGAUGGCAUCUGUCAUUACAUGGCCGGUGAAUUGUGCCGUAAAGGCACAUUAGCCAGUGUACUGGAGAAUGAAUUAAUCAAACUGGACUGGUUCUUUAAGAACUCCAUGAUCCGCGAUCUGGUAUCGGGAAUGGCCUAUCUACAUACGACGCCGAUAAUGUCCCACGGAUUUCUUUCGGCUCCGACCUGUUUAAUUGAUUCGCGUUUUACACUGAAAGUUUCUGAUUAUGGCAUAUCGUACUUUCGUCGUCCUAGAGAUUAUGCCGCACCACGCCCCGGAAUCGAUAACACUGGAUCAGUGCAAAUGUAUCUCUGGAGAGCGCCCGAGCUCCUUCGUCAUGCCAUGCCGAUACGUGGAACACAGAAGGGCGAUGUUUACAGUUUUGCCAUAAUCUUGCAACAAAUUAUUUUGCGCACGCCGCCCUAUCAUUUACCGAACGAUCCACUUGAACUAUCCGACGCCGAGAUCCUACAAGAAGUAAUAGCGAACAACAUACCUCCAGUUCGACCUCGCGUACCGCGUCCCGCUUGCUCCCAAGAGCUGUACGAGCUGAUGGAGCGUUGCUGGGACGAGACACCCAUCAUUCGUCCCGUCUUCGCUAAAAUUAAGGAGAGUUUACGUAAGGUCAUCGGGAACGUGGGCGACAAUAUCGUGGACGUGUUGCUUAAACGCAUGGAGCAGUUCAUAGCUGCACAGCUGACCAAAGGUGCUCAAGUCGAUCCCGAAGCGUUUGAGUGCGUGACGAUCUUUUUUAGCGACAUUGUUGGAUUUACGACCAUUGCGGCGCAUGGCACACCGAUGGAUGUUGUGCGAUUAUUAAAUAGUUUAUACACAUUCUUUGAUGGGACGCUUGAGAAGUUUGAUGUCUAUAAAGUGGAAACAAUUGGCGAUGCUUAUAUGGUGUCGUCUGGAUUACCGGUUAGAAAUGGAAAUCGGCAUGUAUCAGAGAUUGCUGAAAUGAGUCUGGAACUGUUAACACAAAUUUCUACAUUCGUUGUACCGCACUCGCCUAAAACGUGUAUUCAAAUUCGAGCCGGUAUAAAUUCCGGACCCUGCGUGGCCGGAAUUGUCGGAUUGAAAAUGCCGCGUUAUUGUUUAUUUGGAGAUACCGUAAAUGUUGCUUCACGAAUGGAAUCCACUGGAGAACCAAUGAAAAUCCAGAUCACCAACGAAACCCGCAGCCUGUUGGAGAGCCUUGGCGGAUUUUUAAUGGUCGAACGAGGGAGCGUUUCCAUAAAGGGGAAAGGGCAAAUGCUUACCUUUUGGCUGAUAUCGACGACGAAAUCAAAAUCCUGACCGAACCAAUUUCACUGCACCUUUAAUGUCAUAUUGCUUUGCUGUUUUCUUAUUUACCAUUAGUCGCGCAUAAGUAAACUGUGGAAAUACAAAGCACUUUCCCAUUAUUUGUUUCGGCUUCCAGAUUAUAAUAAAACAGCACCAGCCUUUCACAACUUUUCAUGUUGUUAAUGU